GAGUCAUGUGGUGGUGGUGGAGCUAUCUGCCGAGUCAGACGAUAAGCACAUUUGCAGCUUAUGAUCCAAAUAAUGAAUAAUUGAAUUGAAUCUGAUCCAUCCAUGUAAGCUAAAGCAGAACAAGCUAAUAGUAGUUAAUUUCCUUUCCUAAGUAAGCAAGUUGCAGUGGCCAGUUGGGAUCACCACACAACAGAACAGUUGACCCUCCUGCUCUGUUAUUGUUGUUCUUUCUGUUUCUGCUGCUUAAUUAAUUCAUCAUUCAACAUAUUCACCAUGACGAUUAGUACUACUACUACUACUACUGUACCGUCGUCCAUGCCAGGAAGCUCAGGGUAUUUGGAGAUGUACCCUCAGAGGAAAAUUUCCCUCUUCAAGAAUCCUUACAUUUUGGGCCUCACUGCUGUCGCUAGCAUUGGUGGACUCCUCUUUGGCUACGACACAGGUGUUAUCUCGGGAGCCCUUCUCUAUAUCAAAGAUGAUUUUCAGGAGGUCAGAGACAGUUAUUUUCUACAGGAAACAAUUGUCAGCAUGGCAGUGGCUGGUGCAAUUGUUGGGGCAGCAGCAGGUGGUUGGAUAAAUGAUGCUUAUGGAAGAAAGAAGGCAACCAUCAUUGCAGAUGUUAUCUUUGCACUGGGAGCAAUUGUCAUGGCUGCUGCACCAGAUCCUUAUAUUCUCAUAGUUGGCCGUCUUUUGGUUGGUUUCGGUGUUGGUAUAGCUUCUGUUACUGCUCCUGUGUAUAUUGCAGAGCUGUCACCAUCAGAAAUAAGGGGGAGCUUAGUAAGCACUAAUGUGCUUAUGAUCACUGGAGGACAGUUUCUUUCCUAUCUCAUAAAUCUUGCUUUUACACAGGUCCCCGGAACAUGGCGAUGGAUGCUGGGAGUUUCAGGUUUGCCUGCAGUAGUUCAGUUUUUCCUCAUGCUCUUACUGCCUGAAUCCCCCAGAUGGCUCUUUAUAAAGAAUAGGGAAGAUGAAGCUAUUGCCGUGCUUACUAGGAUCUAUGACUUUGAUCGUUUAGAGGAUGAAGUUUCCUCAAUUACAACUCAGUUAGAGCAAGACCCCCAAAAAAGGGAUGAUAUCAGAUAUUUGGAUGUUUUUAAAUCAAAAGAAAUCAGGCUUGCAUUCCUUGCUGGAGGUGGAUUGCAGGCUUUUCAGCAAUUCACAGGUAUAAACACAGUGAUGUACUACAGCCCCACCAUUGUCCAAAUGGCUGGCUUCCACUCUAAUGAGUUGGCUCUUCUCCUCUCUCUCAUAAUUGCCGGCAUGAAUGCCACCGGAACAAUUCUCGGCAUAUACCUUAUUGACCAUGCAGGGAGGAAGAAACUAGCUCUAUAUAGCUUAGGAGGAGUAAUAGCAUCUCUGAUCAUCCUCUCCUUUUCAUUCUUUAACCAAUCAUCUGCAAAUGGUUUGUAUGGAUGGUUUGCAGUUUUAGGUUUGGCCCUAUAUAUCUCGUUCUUCUCACCGGGGAUGGGGACAGUGCCAUGGACAGUAAACUCAGAGAUAUAUCCUCAAAAAUACAGAGGAAUGUGUGGAGGCAUGUCAGCUACUGUGAAUUGGGUUUCAAACUUGAUUGUGGCUCAGUCGUUUCUGUCACUUGCUGGUGCUGCAGGGGCUGGUUUUACUUUCUUGCUUCUUGCUGUUAUAGCUGUGCUUGCCUUUCUUUUUGUGGUUUUGUAUGUUCCUGAGACCAAAGGUUUGACAUUUGAUGAAGUGGAGCUGUUAUGGAAGGAGAGAGCUUGGGGCAAGAAUCCUGAAACUCUAAGCCUUCUUCAGUCCUAGGAAUAUAUCCAAACCUUAAAUACAGUGCACUGUAUAUGUAUGUUGUUAAUUAUGCUGUGAUUGAUUGUUGAUGAGAGGUAAGCACAGUUAAGAAAGCACAAGAGUGAGAGAGUGACCACCAUAAAUCCAAAACACACACUAUUUUUUGUUUUACAAAUGAUCUUUUGGGCACUUAGCUUGAAGUUGGAGACAAGAAGUUGGCAUUCAAACUUUUGCUUGUGUUGCAAGUUUGCAACAUGAACAUUCUAUUUUUAUAGUUGAUUCAUAUUUUUUUUUUCUUCCAAUUCCAACAUAAGUGAAAAAGGGUUCUUUACAGUUUACACAA